AUGGAAAAAAGUGUGCCGAAACAUCAGGAAAGACUGGAAACAGAACAAGAUGGAAAGACAAGAGAGAAAGAUAGCAGAGAUCAGGAUAAAUAUAAAGAGUGGAAGAGCACAACCAAACAGUUUCCAGUUGUUACACAAAUAAUCAAAUCAUCUUCCUUGGAGAGAGACAGAGAGAGAGAGAGAGAGAGAGAGAGAGAGAGAGAGAGAGAGAGAGAGAGAGAGAGAGAGAGAGAGAGAGAGAGAGAGAGAAGG